AUGGUCCGGUCCAUCGUCUCUACCCCUCGGGAGACCGGACAAUACCAGUCGCUCGAGACAUACGGUGGAUGGGAGAAGUUCUUGCAAGAAGUGCCGCUCGACCAUGACAAGAGUGUGGUGUUCGACGAGGAGAUCACGCCGGUCAUGGCGACCGACAGCUCGACCUUUUCCAUGACCAUACUCGCAGCCUUGGAGUUUGCCAUGCCAGAUCUGUUGGAGAAGGAAGAGCUGCUGCUACACAUCGUCGGUGCCACUGUCCGCGAGCACAGCCGAGGCGCCAUUUUCGAAGACCUCCUGCACCUCCUUCCAGGCCUGAAGCGGUUGAAGGUCAUUUUCGGUGGUCUCGAGUUACCGGUCAGAGUGGGCGCCGGAAACACCAACAACGUCCCCAUUUGUGCUUCUUGUACCACUCGGGGCCGCACGUACACGUUCUCCGAGUUCACGAGCACGUAUCACGAUUAUGUCCAAACGUCCGCCUAUCGCCAACCAGAUCUCGCAGUACUCUUCCACACCGGCAGAAGACUACUUUCAGUGGGCUUCGGCGGCGGCUUGCUCCAGGGAACAUGGGCUCCGACCACGAGACAUCUCGUGGACUCCGGCACUCUGACUCUGUGCACGAGUUUCACCGCGCAUGAAGCCGCGAGAGACGCCGAGGAGCUCGACAGCCUUCCUGCGAAAUUUCUGCUGCGCCCAGAGAUGAAUAAGUGGCGCGGACUGGUGCCCAUCCCUGUGCAGCUCAAUGCCCAUGAGCAUUCUUUCUGCUUCAUCAAUCAAUUCUGGUACAUUUUCAAGGGAGGAGAGAAGAAGUAA